UUCCCUAAUUUUUCAUCAUGUUUCAUUUGGUUUAAAGGAAUGCAUGAAUCCCUGCUGCAACGCUACUACCUGCACUCUGAAAGGCGAUGCUGUCUGCGCACAUGGGCACUGUUGCCAGGACUGUCAGCUGAAGCCGGCAGGAACGCCGUGCCGUGAACCCAGUAACUCCUGCGAUCUGCCCGAGUUCUGCACAGGCGGCAGUCCCCACUGCCCUGCCAACGUCUACCUGCACGACGGCCACUCCUGCCUCAACGUUGACGGCUACUGUUACAACGGCAUUUGCCAGACCCACGAGCAGCAGUGUAUCACUCUGUGGGGCCAAGGAGCCAAGCCAGCUCCAGGGAUCUGCUUUGAAAGGGUCAACUCAGCAGGGGACCCUUAUGGCAACUGUGGCAAGGAUUCAAAGGGCUCCUUUGCAAAAUGUGAAGCACGAGAUGCAAAAUGUGGAAAAAUCCAGUGUCAAGGUGGAGCAAACCGCCCGGUUAUCGGCACCAACGCCGUUUCCAUCGAAACGAAUAUACCCCUGCAGGAAGGUGGAAGGAUAUUGUGCCGAGGUACUCACGUCUACUUGGGUGAUGACAUGCCUGAUCCAGGCCUGGUCCUGACGGGGACCAAGUGCGGAGACGGAAUGAUGUGUCUGAAUCGUCGGUGCCAGAACGUCAGCGUUUUUAGUGUGCACGAGUGUGCAGCCAAGUGCAGCGGCCGAGGGGUGUGCAAUAGCAACAAAAACUGUCACUGUGAGGCUCACUGGUCUCCUCCCUUCUGUGACAAGGCAGGUUUUGGAGGAAGUGUGGACAGCGGCCCCAUCAGGCUGGCAGACAGCAGGAAUCUGGCUGUGGGUAUCCUGGUGGCUCUCCUCACCGUGCUGGUGGCAGCUCUGAUCGUCUGCGUCAAGCGGAAAACCCUGAUUGGCCUCCUGUUCGCCAGCAAGAAGGAUCAAAUGGAGAAGCUCAGAUCAGAAAGCGCUCCAGUCAACGGACCGUCGGCUCCAAAGCAUCACCCGUCUUCUCCGACCCGACCGGCCCCACCUCUGCCCCACAGUGCCACCAUCUUCAAGGUGACAUCUUCAUCUACCAAACCCCCUAAACAAAUUGCAAACGGCAUCCCUACUGUAUCCGUCUGAACAAAGCGGAGGAUUAGCGCGUCAGUUUUCUGCCGAUGUUGCAGCGGCUCCCACAAAUCAUCCUCCGCUGAAUUGAUGUGUUGUUUUCACACAAACGGCAGCUCGUUCAAAUCCAAUUAAGUCAUCCCACUGAACGUGGAUGUACGGAGGAGGCAGUGAUAAUGGAGUGCGGUGGUGAGCGAACGGCGGGGGUUUGGGGGGGAGGGGGGCUUAGGACACGCAAAUGCAUUUCUUGUCAUUAGCAGCUGCCUGCUCAGAGAGAAAUUGAUUUAUCUGCGUGUGAGGAAUGUCGAGCUGCUCAGUUGACACCUUAAAGUAAUUUUGUUGCUAAUAAUUGUGAGACAGAGGCCACGUUCUCUGCUGUAAUGACUCUCGUGGCUGCUUCGCUGCGUGCUUUGACCGCUCCAUUAUCGCCCCAGCGCUAACAGGAAGUGAUCUGAUGGAUGUGGAGGUUGCUCAAGAGCAAAGCCUAAGAUGUUAGGUUAGAGCAGACACUUGUGUUGUAAUAUGUGUCCGAUGCAAAGUUUUCUUUCGAUUUUAGUUUGUCCCUGUAUUAUCAAAAAUUUUAAUGUUUCGCUUGAUUUUUAUCUGAAAUACCAACACAUCGGUUUAUAAAUCAUUUUAACCUUAAAAAUCCUAAAAAGUGCGGCAGGCAUUUGUAUUCAGUCGCCCUCUUUUUCGUUUCUUAUUCGGGGAGCCAUGUCUCGUUUUCUUUAGCUUCCACAGUCGUUCAAUACUUUUUGUUGGCGUAUCAAAUAAAAUCUGUGCUCUUCCUACGCCCCCCCCCCCCCCC